AUGAGCGCUGUUGCUACAAACACUGCUGAUGCACAAGACAAACCCAAAGUCCUGGUGAUUGGAGGUGGCAUUGCCGGCACUUGUUCUAUUUUCAAGCUCCGCAAAUACGACAAGGAUGUGGAAAUCGUCCUGGUGGAACCCAAGGACUAUUGCGAAAUUCCCUGGGUGACCUUUCGAACGCCCUUUGAUAGUGACUUAGCGCAUCAAUCGGUCUUGCCCUUGGCGCCGUGGGCCAAAGAUCACAAUGUGACAUUGUUGCGAACCACCGUCACGAAAUUAGACGACACGCAAGCGACCUGUGCCGAUGGGACUGUGGUGAAAUUUACCGUGGCUGUCCUUUGCACCGGAGCCACGGCACCCUGGGCUGGAUUGGGGCGUGGACCUCUCUCGUUGUCCAAAGCAGAACGUCUGGCUGUCCUCCAGGCGGAAGGGGACAAACUCUUGCAGGCCAAGUCCGUGUGCAUUGUGGGGGGUGGAUUGAUUGGUGCCGAAGUGGCCGGGACUGGUGAUAUGAUUCAGGCCAAACUCGAAAAAAUUGGUGUCAAGGUGGUUGUGGAUACUCGAGCCGAACAAACCGAGACGGGUGUCAAACUCAUCCCCAAGAAUACUGGCACAAGUGAAGGAGGAGAACAACCCAAGAAGGAAGAAACCAUCAUUCCAGCCGAUCAAGUUGUCACGACCAUUGGAAUUUCGGCAGUCAAUCAAUCCUUCCUCGACAGCAAAUACUUGGAUGAAAAGGGAUGGAUCAAGGUGGAGGCCAAUUACCGCGUCCAAGAGUCCAAGAAUUUGCUGGCCGUGGGAGAUUGCUGCAACUUUCUCAUGAACGCCGGGAACCAAAUCUUUGCCAAUCAAGACAAGAUUGGCUUUAAUAUCAAACAAGUACUGGAUGAGGUACUGGGACGACCCAAUGUCAAAAAACUCAAGAUUGGUGGUUACAUCGAGGUGUAAGUAUCGCUGUACAUCGUUCCAUCGCUUCAACCUAGAGCCGAUUCGAUUCAUACAUUCAUGACGCUUGCAUUGCGUUUCGAGGGCGAAUUCCCGUCGUGGUUGCAUCAAAUCCAAGCAAAGGCUUGAGAAUCGUUUUUAGAACGGCGUCCGCAUUUCCUCCUGAACCUUCACGAACGUAGUCGUACAGUUCAGGAUCCGUGAAGCUUCUUCGAAUGAAUUUGGCGACAUCGACAGCACCGUGCACACCAUCUUCGUAGAGGUCGAGAAACUGCAAAAUAAAUCCAAAUGCACCCUCUUGCUCAAAAUAGCGUUUGAGAGCAACCUUGGUGUUGACAAGCAGAUUCAUUCGAUCACGAGUCACGUCUUCAUCGUGAUCUGUGCUGGCGAGCUUGAAAAGACGAUGGACUGCUACCAGCCCAGAUUUGUCCGUGUCCUCGAUCUUCCCCAGUUUAGUAAGCAGCAGUUUGAUUUUUUUUGGC